UGCGCUCCCGCUGAUGCGCGCUCCCGGAAGCACUCCGGUGUUUUGCGCUUCAGCGUCCCGCCGGGUGAUCCCAGGAACCCCGCAAGAUGACAAUUAACACGCUGGCUGAAGAAGGGCUGCGCCGGGAGCAAAUGGCCUGCUUUCGGAAGAUGGAGAAAGUGAUAGUGGCCAUGCAGGACCCUGACAUGGGCAUGAAGAUGAGGAAUCAGAGACUCCUCAUCACCGUCAUCCCGCAUGCCAUGACUGGUCAGGAUAUAAUUACCUGGUUGAUUCAGAAAUAUCACAUCUAUGAGGAGGAGGCUCUGCAUCUUGGCGAGAUGCUGGUCAGAUACGGGUACAUUUACCCUCUCAAAGAGCCCCGCUGCCUCGUCUUACGACCCGACGAGUCCCCCUACCGCUUUCAGACUCCCUAUUUCUGGACAAGUACCCGCUGGCCGGCCUCAGAGCUGGACUACGCAAUCUAUCUCGCCAAAAAGAACAUAAGAAAACAAGGAGAACUGAUGGAAUAUGAAAAGGAGAGGUACAGUCUGUUGCACAAGCGGAUCAACCACACCUGGGACUUUGUGGUGAUGCAAGCCAGAGAGCAACUGAGGGCGUCCAAACAGAGGAGGAAGGCCGACCGAAUUGUCCUAGAAUGUCAGGAGCAGGCGUACUGGCUCAUCAACAGACCUCCGCCAGGGGUGCAGAACAUGUUGGACUGGGGUCUGGAGCGACCAAACAACCUUAGCGCACGGAUCCCUCUGAACAGCGACUACUACAAAAGCGAGAUCGAGACGUCCAGGCGCGCUCUGGGAAGGAACCGAGUGAAGUCCUCCGUCUGCCUUGAAGGUUUUGUCAAGUACAGCGAGCAGUACCAGAACCACGAUCCCAUAAUGCAAGGCUGUCUUCCCAGUAACCCCUGGAUCUCUGAUGACAUUGCAUACUGGACCAUGAACUCAGAAAUGGCGCCUGUUCCCACUCGUCUUCGCGUGGAGCGCUGGAGCUUCAGUUUCAUGGAGCUCCUGACUGACGCCAUGGGGAGGCGGGAGUUCAUGACGUACCUGGAGAAAGAGUUUAGCGCGGAGAACCUCCAUUUCUGGCAAGCGUGUGAGGAAAUUAAACACGGAGAAAGUUCCAAGAUCGUAGAGAAGGUGGAAGAUGUUUACAAAAAUUUCCUGGCUCCCGGAGCGGCCCGUUGGGUCAACAUCGACAGUAAGACGAUGGACAAAACUUUAGAGGGGAUCAAACGGCCGCAUCGCUUCGUCUUGGAUGACGCACAGAUGCACAUCUACUUCCUCAUGAAGAAGGACUCUUACCCCAGGUACCUGAAAUCCGACCUGUACAAAAACAUGCUGGCCAAAGCUGUCGUCCCCCAGGAAACGAAGAAAAGUGUGUUCCCCUUCAUGAGGCGUCAGCGGCAUUCCAGCCCCUCCCCGGCGCAGGCCAGCGCCCAGGCAGCGGAGGAAGACGGGCGAGCAGGUACCAACUCCGCAGCGGGCUCCCAGUUGUGAUGCGGGGGCCCCACAACCGUUUAGCUUGACUUGCAUCCCCUCAGGCUCCAUCGUCUCCAUCG